AUGGGUCAGAGAGUCAAGAACAUUGUCAUCAUUGUGCCAGCCUAUUUCAAUGAUUCACAGAGGCAGGUGACGAAGGACGCCAGAGCCAUUGCUUAUGGUUUGGAUAAGAAGGCUUCAAGUUUGGUGAAUGCCACUAUCGGAGAUACCCAUCUCGAGGGUGAGGACUUUGACAACCAGCAUAUUUCAACCACAAUGGAGAAUUAUGCAUAUAGCAUGAAGAAUAUGAUCAGGGAUGAGAAGUUUGUUGGGAAAUUGAACAUUGUAGAUAAGCAAAAGAUGGAGAAGGCAAUUGAUGAGACAAUGGGUUAG